UUGCGUGCACGGGGCCGGGGGGUUUCUUCUUGUUGUUCUGAUGCCGCUCGUGUCGGGUGCUCUUGAAAUCUAGGGGUUCUUGUCCGAAAUGGCCAAGGUGGGCGCGUCUGGUUUCCCUCCCGGGGAAGACGGCUCGCCCCAGUACUCGUUCGCAUUGGAGUACGAGGGUCCCCCCGUGAGCCGGGACCUUCCCCGGGCCCUCCCGAUCAACCUCAAGCACAUCCCCGUCGCCGCCGUGGUCGCGCAGGUCUCCGUCGCCGAGAAGCUCGCGCUCCCCGUGGUGCAGCCCAUCGGAGCCGCCGACCCUUUGGCCAAGAAGGUCUCCAGGGAGCUGGGCGCCGCGGAUUCCACGGUCUCACCCACUUCGGUCAUCCAGAACAGCCGCGAGAGCGCCUCGAAGGAGCUCGACUCGGCCUCGGAGAUCGCCGCGUCGCCGGCGGCUUCCGGGGUCGCGGCGCCGGUGCCCAGGGGGGGCGGGGGCAAGUCGUCGUCGUCGGGCAAUUUGAGCAGCUCGGGUGCGCUGGAGUUCUCUAACGCCAACUGUCUGUCUGGGGAACUGUCUGAUGUCGUGAGUAGUUCGCGCGGAUUGGAGUCGUCUUCGAUAAGCCACGAGCAUUCGCGCGAGUUGUUUAAUGGAGCGCAGAGUUGUAGCACCAUAGAGUUUUGUGAUAGUUUCGACAAAUCGGCGGGGAGCUCUCGGGCAUUUAGAGUUUCCAAUGUUGGGAAGGAGAGCAUAGAUUUGGAUGAUUCUAACAGUAGGCUGGAUUGGGCUUCCAGUGGAUCUGUUUUGAGCUUAGAGUGCCCAUCUUCUCGGAAGACUGGGGACUGUACCGAGUCUAAUCAUGAUGUUAGAAGAAACCCCGUUGUGACUUUUCACGACAUUGAAUCGGAUGGUGGUCUCGAAGAGGAGUUUAGCAGGGAAGAACAGGAAGUCGUUCGGGUCAAGAGACAACCUCAAAGUAAAGGAAAGAAAGGAUCUUGCUAUCGAUGCUUCAAAGGGAACCGGUUUACAGAAAAGGAGGUUUGCCUUGUUUGUGAUGCAAAGUAUUGCAGUCAUUGUGUGCUUAGAGCAAUGGGGUCAAUGCCGGAAGGGAGGAAAUGUGUUUCUUGCAUUGGCUUUCCUAUUGACGAGUCUAAGCGAACGAAUUUGGGCAAGUGCUCUCGAAUGCUUAAACGGUUGCUUAACGAUUUAGAGGUCAAGCAAAUCAUGAAGGCUGAGAAGUUGUGUGAAGCGAAUCAGUUACCUUCCGAGUACGUGUGCGUAAAUGGGAAUCCUCUUUGCCCGGAGGAGCUGCUAAUGCUACAGACUUGUCCGAGCCCCCCGAAGAAGUUAAAACCUGGGAAUUAUUGGUAUGAUAAAGUAUCCGGAUUAUGGGGAAAGGAGGGAGAGAAGCCUUCCCAGAUAAUCAGUCCCCAUCUCCAUGUUGGGGGUCCAAUUAUGGAGAAUGCUAGCAACGGAAAUACCCAAGUGUUCAUGAACGGUAGACAGAUAACAAAAGUGGAACUUAGAAUGUUGCAGUUGGCGGGAGUUCAGUGUGCUGGUAACCCUCACUUUUGGGUGAACGAGGAUGGAUCAUACCAGGAAGAGGGACAAAAGAACACGAAAGGUUAUAUCUGGGGCAAGGCUGGGACAAAGCUAUUAUGUGCUUUCUUGUCACUUCCAGUGCCUUCUAAAUCUUCUGGCUCUCAUGUGGAACAAUCGAACAGCCUGCUUAGCAGAAGUGUUCCUGACUAUGUUGGGCAGAGAAUGCUUCAGAAGAUUCUUUUAGUUGGAUAUAGUGGAUCUGGAACAAGUACAAUAUUUAAGCAGGUCAAACUUCUCUAUGAUGCUGUCCCUUUCUCAGCCGAAGAGCGUGAAAAUUUGAAGCUCACUAUUCAGGGAAAUGUGUAUACCUAUCUUGGGAUACUUCUUGAAGGCCGUGAGCGUUUUGAAGACGAAAGUUUGUCUCACAUGAGGAAAAACCGUUCUUCUGGUGGCAACGACCAUAUAGAAAAUCAAGAGAAAAAGUCAAUAUAUUCCAUUGGACCACGCCUGAAAGCCUUUUCAGACUGGCUGCUAAAAACCAUGGUGUCGGGCAAUCUGGAAGCCAUUUUUCCAGCUGCCACACGUGAAUAUGCCCCACUUGUGGAGGAGUUAUGGAAGGAUCCCGCCAUUCAGGCUACUUACAGCCGAAAAAAUGAGCUGGAGAUGCUACCUACUAUUGCCAACUACUUUUUAGAGCGGGCUGUUGACAUUCUGAGGUUGGAUUAUGAUCCCUCGGAUUUAGAUAUUCUGUAUUCUGAAGGUGUGAUUUCAUCAAAUGGACUUGCUUGUGUGGACUUCUCAUUUCCCCAGUCUGCACCUGAUGAUUAUACCGAUUCGAUGGAUCAGCACGACUCUCUGCUUAGGUACCAACUAAUCAGAGUGAACGCGAGAGGCCUUGGAGAAAACUGCAAGUGGCUAGACAUGUUUGAAGACGUUGGUCUCGUCACCUUCUGUGUCUCCUUAAGCGACUACGAUAAGUAUACUCCUGAUGCAAAUGGGUCCUUGACGAACAACAUGAUACUGAGCCGGAGAUUCUUCGAGAGCAUUGUCGCUCACCCGACUUUUGACCAGAUGGAUUUCCUUCUAAUGCUAACAAAGUUUGAUCUCUUCGAGGAGGAGGUAGAACAGGUCCCACUAACGGAGUGCGAGUGGUUCGAUGACUUCCACCCUCUCGUCAGCAGCCAUCGCAGUAACAGCAGGAGCAAUAGCAUUAAUUACAGCCCGACGCUCGGUCAGCUGGGCUUCCACUAUGUUGCGGUGAAGUUCAAACGGCUUUAUGCUUCACUCACGGGUCGGAACUUAUACGUUGCUUUGGUGAAGGGGUUGGAGCCUGAUAGCGUCGACGCGGCUCUCAAGUAUGCGAGGGAGAUUUUGAAGUGGGAUGAGGAGAGAGUGAACUUCAGCUUGAGUGAAUACUCGAUGUACAGCACGGAGGGGAGCUCCUAGUGCAGAUUUUCAUACCGGGGGAAAGCUUGUAAAUUGAACCUCCGAGCGGGCAUUACUGUAGGUAAUGUACAUAUAACGUGCUGUAUAUUUAAGAUGGGAGAUUUUUUCUUCGACCUAUUGUGAUUGACGGAUGGAGGCCAUUUCGACGAGAGUUUGGAAUGCACCACAAAGUUAGGCUUUUUAGUUAUAUUUGCAAGGAAGGUAUGGUGAUGUUUGAGUUGUG